GCAUCCUGAUAGAAUUUUAGGGGUAUAUUGGCCUAAAAAGAUUAAUCGUCUUCCAGCUCCAGGCAAUCAUAGUCGGCGUCGAAGCCCCCGGUACCCUAGGAAAGAAUUCUCUCAGUUUGCAACAGUUAACAUCCUCUAUAGCCUAUUUAAUCCACCCCGAGUACGAGAGUGAAAGUAAGAAGCUCUUGUUGGGGCCGCGAACAUGUCAUCGUCGGGUCGAUCAGCGGCCGUAGCAGCCGGAGAUUUACAGAUUGUUCCUGCAUCGAACAUGCAGGUGGCUGCUCUACCUCCUCGACCUCCUGCUUCUUCUUCAACCGCUCUUGUGGAAUACACGCCACCUGCGGCUAAUCCUGAAGAGGAGGAUCUCGAGAUCAAGCUCCGUCGUAUACUUGAAUGUGUGCCUGUACGGGUUAGCAAUACAUCUGGUAGUUCUGCCGGUUCUGGCUCUGGCGACUUUCAUCAGUAUCGGCAGAUGAGACGGAGAGAACAAGACCGACUUGCAAGGAUGGACGUUGACUACCAGAGAAGGAAAGAAGUUACUGAAUUCAACUUGAGAAGAGAAGAAAAAUUAAAAGCUGCGGAAGAGCGGACAGCAAAGAAACGCGCAAAGCGUCAGAAGAAAAAGCAGAGGAAGAAGGAGAAGAAGAGUAAUUCUGGUGCAGGCGGUGAAGAAAACCGUAUAGAAGAGUCGUCUGGUGAUGAUGAAGCUGACUCCGAUAACAACUAAGAAGGGAGAGACAUGAUUGGCUUCAAAUUUAGCACUGUCGAGAUCCUUGGAUCAGGAGCUUGCAUGAGUUAUAUAGUUGUCGAAAAAUUGAGAUCAUGUAACAUAAGUAGCUUUGUGAACAACGUUUCGAAAUCCAAAAUGUAAUACUCAUGUUCUUUUCUCCGUCUCAUUUAGUUGAAAAAGACUGUCCUCUAGAAACUGUGGGGCUUGAAA